GUAAGAAAAUUAAACAUUUCUGCGGGACUACAGGCGGAAUAAAGCUGUAUCUUAAUAUUAAUGCACUUUACACGAGUAUCAUGGACGUCAGAGAAUGCAGGGUUUGCUCCGGACAGUGAGGACACGCCUUGACGGCGCAUGUGACGUUGUACCAAAACCAUGGAGGUCACCGACAACCGAAAGACCGAGCCCAGAGUCACAGGGAAAAAAUGCUCCUGGGCGUCCCACAUGACCAACACCUCCACUCUGAUCGUCAUGAUCGGACUACCAGCCAGAGGGAAGACCUACAUGUCCAAGAAGCUGACCCGCUACCUCAACUGGAUCGGAGUGCCCACAAAAGUGUUUAAUCUGGGCGAGUACCGGCGUGAGGCCGUCCAAUCAUACAAGUCCUACGACUUCUUCAGACACGAUAAUGCAGAGGCCAUGGAGAUCAGAAAACAGUGUGCACUCGUGGCCCUGCAGGAUGUGAAGACCUACCUGAAUGAAGAGGGCGGACAGAUCGCUGUGUUUGAUGCCACCAAUACGACCCGGGAGAGGAGAAAUCUGAUUCAGGAGUUUGCUCAGGAGAACACAUACAAGGUGUUUUUUGUCGAGUCGAUUUGCGAUGACCCGGACGUCAUUGCUGAAAACAUCAUGGAUGUGAAGGUGUCCAGUCCGGACUAUCCAGAGAGAGAUCGCGAGAGUGUGAUGGACGACUUCCUGAAGCGCAUCGAGUGCUACAAAGUCACGUAUCAACCGCUGGACCCAGACCAGCAUGACAAAGAGCGUUCCCUCAUCCAGGUGAUAAACGUGGGCCAGCGCUUCCUGGUGAAUCGGGUGCAGGAUUACAUACAGAGCAAGAUCGUCUAUUACCUGAUGAACAUCCACGUCCACAAACACUCCAUCUACCUCUGCCGUCACGGAGAGAGCGAACACAACGUACAGGGUCUGAUCGGAGGAGACUCGGGCCUGUCCUCUCGAGGAAAAGAGUUUGCCCGUGCUCUGCGGAAUUUCGUGGAGAACCAGAAGAUGGUGGACAUGAAGGUGUGGACCAGUCAGCUGAAGCGAACCAUCCAGACAGCCGAGGCUCUUGGUGUUCCUUAUGAACAGUGGAAAAUCCUAAACGAGAUUGAUGCUGGUGUUUGUGAGGAAAUGUCCUACGACUUGAUAAAGGAGACGUAUCCUGAUGAAUAUGCCAUGAGAGACCAGGACAAAUACCAUUACCGCUACCCAGGAGGAGAGUCUUAUCAGGACCUGGUGCAGCGACUGGAGCCAGUCAUAAUGGAGCUGGAGAGGCAGGGGAAUGUGCUGGUCAUCUGCCACCAGGCCGUCAUGAGAUGUCUGCUGGCGUACUUUUUGGAUAAGAGUGCUGAUGACCUGCCUUAUCUGAAGUGUCCUCUGCAUGUGGUGCUGAAGCUCACCCCCGUGGCUUAUGGUUGUAAAGUGGAAAUGUUUGAUCUGAAAGUUGAAGCGGUGGACACACACCGGAACAGACCACUGCAGGGUAACAUCAAGCAGGAAGUGGUGCCGAGGAGAAACAGCUUCACGCCCAUGUCCAGUCAGGACCAGGUCAAGCGGCCACGGCUUUUCAGCGUUGGAAAUCCGCCCCGCACCCCCCUGCCUGCACCCCUCAGCCCCACCGCCGUCCCUGAGGCACAGGAGAGUGAUGAACUCGCCGAGAACCAAGAAACUGUGAACCGUUUCAGUCCUGGAGAAUCAGACGAAGCUGUACAGAACUCAUGAGAUGAGCAGGUUCUUCUUCACCUGUAUGAGUCAGUCCCACACCUUCAUCCCACGUUAGAGCCAAACCCAGAAACUGCAGCAUUUAACGAUGACUACUGAUGUUUCCUCUUUCUGUUCAUCCUACAGAUGUGUUGCUCAUUGCUGCUCACUGUUGCUACAUGGAAAUAAUAGACCAAAAGAGCAGGCAAACGUAUAUGAACACCUGGGCAUCUUAUUCCAAAACCGUCCAUUCUUCCACGCCCAAGUUUCAGAGAUCAGGCUCUGAUGUUGGAUCAGAAAGCCAUCACCAAUUCAAUUCAUAGUCAGCUGGCACAGUAAAGCGGACCUUCUCUGCUGUUUGUACAAGCUGCUAUUUAAAAACGAUGGUAUAUCACUUGCUUUAUGGACAAACGUAGGAGAAAAUCAUGAGCAUUAAUGCGAAAUUAAUCCUCACUUUGCAGCUACAACAGCCUCAACUCUUCAGAGCAUUUGAUUCAGGUAAUUAUGUUGGAUGAUUGGGGUUUAGUGCUCUGUGCAUUCCAACUUCAGGGCACAGUAAUGUUGGAAAGGGAAAGGACCUUGCCCAAUGUGUUGCCUCAAAAUUGGAAAUUGCUCAUCAUUUAUUUGAUAUGAUUUCUUUUUUUCACCUAUUAACAAUAGAUGGGGCUGAAACUUCUUCAUUAGGGAGUGUGACCACAUACAUUUAGCCAUGUAGUCCAGCCUGACCAUGUGAAAAUUACGAAAGGGAUUAUGGGUAAAUUAGUCUUCUUAAAUGAAAGCUUCUAGCUACAGGGACAAACUGCAUAAACACACAAGACAUUAGGCAGUCAUGUCCAUGCAGCCUCUCAACUGGCUGAUCACAUCGCUGAGAUUCAAACCCUGGAUCCCCAAAUCUUAGCAUUAGUGGACUAGUUUACUCUACCGCAGCACCAUCCAAGUGCCCAAACAAACAAUAAAUAAGUAAAUAAAUAAAUAAUAAAAACGGAUGAACAGUGAUGUGUAUACAAUAUUUUUAGGGCAGUUGUAGCAUGGUGGUUAAGGUACUGGACUAGUAAUCCAAAGGUUGCUGGUUCAAACCCCAUUUUGCCAGGUUGCCACUGUUGGGCCCUUGAGCAAGGCUCUUAACCCUCAAUUGCUUGGACUGUAUACUGUAAGUCACUUUGGAUAAAAGCGUCUGCUAAAUGCCGAAAAUGUAAAAUGUAAAUAUUUACAUUGUUUUUACGUACCCUUGUAAGGCAAGUGUGUGUCAUGGCAGGCUGGGGAAUUCAAUCAUUUCUGGGUCCUUUUUACUGGCUGAAUGAUUGGAACGUCUACGUUUUUGUUUUGGGUUUUCUAAAAAUUUGUCAACAUUUGUUUUCAUUUCCUUUAGCUCUUGGCUUCUGGUAAAACUGUGGGAGGAUCACUGACCACUUUACAUUAGUUAGCUGUUUGACACCUGAAGUCUGGACCUUGAGACGGUCAUUUCAGUAGUCUGAUUCAGUCAUUCCAAAACCAGUGGUGGUGUCUUAUGGUGUUUUUGUCUUGCUGAAACACCCAGUGUAGUCACUUCUUAAUUAUUCAGCCCACUUCUCUGGAAUGCGCCCAGCUUUCCGGGUGGAUAAUGCCAUCCAGACUGGUGGUGACGAACCAAUGGCGGGGCUGCAAAAUGACACCUGUCAGUGCUAAAAAAUCACCAAAGACUUAAAAGCUUAAACGGAUUGAACCAGGAAUGUGUCUGCUGUAAUGUGGGCUUGUUGGCUGGUUGUCAGAUUCUAAGAGCACCUUUCUGUAGCCCUGCCUGAGAUUAAAGAUUAUUGGAAGAUUAUGUUAUUAAGCUUAAUAAGGUUGUUCACUGUCAUUACAGGGUCGUCGUCACACUGUAAACUUGUUCAUUCUCCUAAAGUUUGAAAUGUUGGAAAACUAGAAACUUUUUUCGUACUGCUGUAUUACGAUUCUGCCUAAGCUGGACAAAUGUGAGCCAUAAUGAAACGUCCUUUUGUCUCUGGGAUUUAAGAAUAUUGUAAUAUUUCUUCUUACUUUUUAUAUGCGUUUAAAAUGCAGCAUCUUUUCGGUGGUAUUGGGCAGUAAAAUAAGUGUUCCAAUCCUUUGGUUACAGAAAAAAACUGUUGCAGAGAUUGGCAUGUAUUAGAACAGGGGUUUUCAACCUUUGUCCUUUUUGGACAUGCGCCCCAUUCCGAAAGCUAAAAUAACAUAAUUAACGUUGUGCACAUCAUACAUACGAUGCAAUUUUGCUGAUUGAAAUAUUUACUUUAAAAAGAUAAUACCACCCGAACCCCAUCUGAGCCGAUUCUAUGAGCACGUUAUAUUAAUUUGUGGUUCACUUUUGUAAUUCGUAAGCGGUUCUUUCUUUUGAUGAGAUGAGAGCAGAAAAUGUUACAGAGCCAAGCAGAGGCAAAAGUGCAUCAGUUACUAAGUUCAUUAGUUCAGGAUCAUCUGCUCUGACUGACAGAAAACUUUUAGCUCCACAGACAGAAUGAGUCUGACUCGGUUACCGCUCUGUAGAAACAGCUGGUUUAAUUAAGCCUGAGCUUUUUAAGGUAAGCGAGUCACACAAGAAUGUUCCAGUAGCUGGUGUUUAUUUCAAACCGCGACAUUCAUUAAUAACAGUAAAAACGGAGAGAUAACUGAGAAAAGAAAAUUAUGAUUCGGUUCAAAUGAAUUCACUCCUGACUCACUUAUAGCAACACUGAACAGAGCAUCUCCUACACCUCUCCUAAAGACACACACACGUCCUAUAACAGCACUCAUUGUUUUUGUCACUUAUCUUCACUGUUAGCCCUGUUUUUAAGGGGGUUUAUUUUUCAGACUGAACUGGAUAACAUUAAACGUGUGUGUGCGUGGUCCCGGACAGGUUGAAAACCCCUUUAUUAGAAAAUGCAACCCUUGGAUGAUCUUUACUGUAAAGCGCUUUCAGUGGGAACAAAUCCUGGGUUCCAUCCUGAAAGUCACAUCAAGCCAUAUUUUAUUGAAUGUUUAUAUUUAAACAUGUAUUUAACAUCACUGUUUUUACUGUAAAUGUGUUUAUUUGUGAUUGUUAGUCUUCUACAACUAGAGCUGUAGUGAUCAGAUACUGUCGAAUUAAUGCAUUUCUUUGUGAUGUUUUUAAAGUGUUUGUAUUUGAUUUAAACUUUGUUAUGGAAAUGAGGCACCAGUUUGAUAUUGAAAUAUAUGAAUGUAAGUAAUUAAAUACUUAUUUUACUA